AUGAAAGCUGCGCUUGGAGGAGGCCCCCCUGAUGUGGGCAAGAUGUUGGGUGGGGAGGAAAAGGAAGAAGAUCCUGAUGCAGCAAAGAAAGAGGAGGAGCGACAGGAGGCACUGAGGCAGCAGGAGGAGGAGAGGAAGGCCAAAUACGCCAAGAUGGAAGCUGAGAGGGAAAGUAUGAGGCAAGGCAUCAGAGACAAGUACGGCUUGAAAAAGCGCGAGGAGGCCGAGGCUGAGGCAGCUGCAGCUGCAGAGGAGCCUGCAGAAGGCAGCUUGACCCGACCCAAGAAGGCCGUGCCAGCUGGCUGCGGAGAUGAGGAGGAGGAGGAGAGCAUCAUGGACACAGUGAUGAAAUACCUGCCGGGCCCUCUGCAAGACAUGCUGAAGAAGUAG